AUGCAUCUUGUGGUGUUUGUCGCUAUCUUGAUAGUGGAGUGUCGGUGUAAUAUCAGAGUGUCAGUAGAUCGAUCACAAGGAAAAUACAAUGUGAGUAUUGCCGAUCGUGUUUGGCUUCGCUCAAGUCGAACAGCUUUGUAUGCCGAUGAACGAUGGUAUUCUUCUGAUGACGAUUCUCUUCCUCUCAUUGACACGCGUCUUGACCAAGGCAAUGAUGAACAUUUGGGUAAAUGGAAUGAGACUCAAUUGAUCUAUAGUCUUGUUCACAGUGGAAUACAAGUCAAUGUAACUGGUCGAGUACGUCAAUGGAGUUCAAUAUCAGCGGUUACGUUUCAUUUGGAUAUUGGCAACGAACCUCUGACAAGCAGUAAUUCACUCAGCAUGGAUGAAGUUCGAACAGUAUUUCCUUCUUUCAACAUUGAACAAAUGCAUCCGGAUGACCAUCGAGGCUAUUUCACAUAUGCAGAUAUGAUGAUGGGUGAAGUAAACAAGCAUGCUGGUAUCUGGGAAUCCUCUAGUAAGAUUAUUAAAUCUGGCAUGCAGGCAGGUCCUAUUGUUCUUUUCGAUUUGACUGAAAGAGCUCAAGGCGACGUUGUCAUUCUCUCGCCCUUUUCUCACUUUAUGGCUACUUCACUGAGUCAACGAGAAAAUAUGUUAGAAUAUGGUGUGAUGGGUUCGAUGUCAUCGGUUCCUGCCAAUUAUAAUCAUUCAAUGAUUGUCUUCUAUUCUCCUCUUGGUGUCAAUGAAGCCAUGCGUGAAUGGGGUCAAUCAAUGAGACGAGCAUUCAAUCGAACCAUGGAACAUCGUCUCAAUGAUAUAACCAUAAAUUACUUGGGUUAUUACACGGACAACGGUGCAUACUAUUAUUAUCAUACAGAAACCGGCAUGAACUACGAAGAAACCGUUGUAUCGAUUUCUCGAAAUAUCUCACUCCCAAUCCAGUAUAUUCAAAUCGAUUCGUGGUGGUACUAUAAAGGCAAUCGGGACGGUGUAAAGGAAUGGUCACCUCGUCCAGAUAUCUUUCCUGAUGGCCUUCCUGUGGUUCAUCGUCGAAUGAACAAUAUACAUAUUGCAGCACAUAAUCGCUACUGGGCAUCUGAUACUGUCUAUUCAAAAACAUACGCCUUUGUAAUUGACCCACUUCAAGGAAAGGCUCUUCCAAUCAGCAACGAUUCGUUCUGGAUCGAUCUGCUAGGCGAAGCAUCUCGGAAUUGGGGUUUGAUUUUGUAUGAACAAGAUUGGUUAAAUUUACAAACUAUUGAAUUUACACCAACACGUACCGAUAUUGAUCUUGGACAACGAUGGUUGACGGCAAUGGGCAAAGCAGCUGAACAAGUAGGAAUAAAUAUUCAAUACUGCAUGAGUUUACCUCGACAUGCUCUACAAGCUCUUGAAAUUCCACGUGUUACACAAGCACGUGUAUCCGUUGAUUAUGCUAUUCACCUUGACGAACGAGUUCCCCAGUGGAAUAUUGGAGUUUCAAGUAUGUUAGCCGAUACAAUAGGUAUGGCUCCAUACAAUGAUGUAUUUUGGUCUAGUUCAUAUGAACCAGGUGCUCCAUACAAAAAAGCAGCAAUGGAACCAGUCCCCGAUCGAGAAAUACUUAUUGCUACGCUCUCAACAGGACCUGUCACUCCAGGCGAUGCCAUCAGCUAUAUCAAUGUUAACAGAAUAAUGCGAUGUUGUAGCGAAAUAGGAACAAUUUUGAAACAUGAUCUACCGAUAACUAUGAUCAAUUCCAUGAUUGCCGACUAG